AUGGCAGACAACGACAACGACAACAACAAGCGGCCCCGAGAUGACCCGUCCGAGUCAGAUCUCCACUCGCCCGACGGAAAGCGCGUCAAGACCGAGUCGAUCGGCACGCCCCACGACCCGGCGAGUCAUGAUCUCGACUCGGUUCUCAAGAGCCUCGAGGACGAGGUAUCCUCGUGCCCCGCGUCGAACUCGGACGAGUCUCGGCCGGAACUGGGUUACCUUUUUGAAGCCUCCGACGACGAGCUUGGGUUGCCUCCGCCUCCUCCGGGGGCUACAUGCGCGGCGCAGAAGAACGUGGAUGACGAGUACUUGACCGAGUUGGUCCGAGUCUCGUCUGACUCGUCCGGGAUCGGCGAGUUCUGGGAGUUCGACGAUGUGAUCCCUUGUUACGACUCGUUCGACCUGAGGGUCGGUGAGGGUUUCAGCGUAGACUACGUGCCGUUGGACGACUUGUUCGAAUAUUCCGAUGCGUGUUUAGACCCGUCCGGUGUUUUGCGGUGA